CCUUCGCAGAGGGGCCAGUAGUUCAGUCCAACAUGGCUGCCACCAUGAAGAAAGCGGCUGCUGAAGAUGUCAAUGUUACUUUUGAAGAUCAACAGAAAAUUAACAAGUUUGCAAGAAAUACCAGCAGGAUUACAGAGCUGAAAGAAGAAAUAGAAGUUAAAAAGAAACAACUUCAGAAUUUGGAGGAUGCAUGCGAUGACAUGAUGAUGCUUGAUGAUGAAGAUUCAAUACUGAUACCCUAUCAGAUUGGUGAUGUUUUUAUCAGUCAUUCCCAAGAUGAGACACACGAGAUGCUGGAGGAGGCAAAGAAAAACUUACAAGGAGAAAUUGAAGCGUUAGAAUCUCGAGUGGAAUCAAUUCAGAGGGUAUUAUCUGACCUGAAGGUUCAGCUUUAUGCAAAAUUUGGAAACAAUAUAAACCUUGAGGCUGAUGACAGUUAAUUUUUUCCUAAAUACACAGUGUGCAGUUUUUUGUAUUGGUUUAUUAAAUGUGACUCUUGACAUUUCCCUUCUUUCCAAUAAUGUUUUUUAAAAAAAAUCCCACUCAUUUAUUGUUUUAUGGCUUUCCAGUCAUGAGUUCCACCGAUGUAAUGAAAGCUUUCUUAUUUUGCUUACCUACAAUUAUUUAUUUGUUUCAUGAAAAGCAGUAGCCUUCCAUGUAUUGCUGAUGCACAUCAAGAUUGAGGUCUUUAUUAUUAUUUUAAUAAAGAGAAUGUAAAGUCA